CCAAAUCCCAGUCCGACAACAAGGCCAUGCCCGUCCGCAGACCUCCCGCCUGAACAUUCCACCGUCCACAACACUCCCAGUCCCCUAAAUUCCCAAAUCGCAGCCCGAACCCACCACCUUGGACCCUGCCCCCCAAACCCCCGCCCGGCGGAAGGUCUUUCUGGACCGCGACACAGUUUCUCAGCUAGAGGCACCGAACUUCAUUUUGUUUUAUUGUAUUGUCUGGUCUAUAAGGCUGAAAUAGAUCUUAGUGUGCUCAACAACUUCAUAUCAGAUGGAUGCCAAGGAAGCUUCCAUUGUAACUGAAAAUGAAUGUGCAUUUGAUCACCGAUUUCAACGCACUGAUCAAUGGAAGCCUGUUUAUUCUUGGUUAGAGUCACUUGAUACGGAUGAGGUGGUAAAGUCAAAAGACAUUUUACAUUGGCUUACUGAGAAUGUAGACGUCAGAGAUCAGUUAUCCUCAAGGCAUUCACGUUACCAUUUGAUGCAUUACAUAAAAAAGUGUCAUGUGAAAAUUCUAAAGAAAAGGGGGAAGGUAUUGGCUCCUUCCAGCAGUUCAUGCUCAACACAACUUCUUGAAAGUAGGGAUGAGAAACAACCUUCUAUGAUUCAGUGUGCUGGUAACAGUGUAGGCAAUGAUGUGAGCAGCCUACCAAAAGAAAAUGAAGUGUAUAAAGUAAAGCAAGCUGAAGCUAUUAGGAAGUAUGAAAUUUUGUUGGAAUUCGAGAAACAACUUUUGGCUGCUUUCCCAAGGGAGAAAAUAUAAAGUUGCAUGAAUGGAUUACCUCACAGCCAGGUCAGAAAUAUGGUGCAGGUGUGAUUUUAGUUAUUAUUGUGGUCUCUUUAUGCCAAGUUAAUCCUUCCUCUUACGUAUUUUCGGGCACUAGUUCCUCUUGGAUAUUUGACCACUUGAAGUUAAAACAUUGGCAACAAUUUGUAAUGUAGUUGGCUUUGUUCUCCAUAUUUCUGAACUAGAACCAUAAAUUUGUUGAUGAUAA